AUGGAAGUUGGUGAGAUUGGGGCCAGGAUUCAGGUAACUACUAAUGCAGAUAAACCAAUUCAGUUUGAACACAUAAUCGGAUUCCUUAAUGGUGAAUUACUUUUUAACUAUGAGGGCCUCCAUCGAUUCUGUUUCAACUGCAAACGACUCUCGCAUGAACAGAGCACAUGCCCAGAACUUAUAGAGGAUCAAAGAGAGUCACUUCAGAAACUAAGACAUGAAGUUAAUGCGGUGGAUCCAAACGGCCACACAUAUGCGAAUGAUAGCCUCAAACAGGCUCGAUCUCCACCAACUGGUGAGUUCAGAGAUGAUGAGUACGCUUCGUGA